AUGAAGGAGGAAUUACCCCCACAUUUACGGUUGCCAACUAAGUCGAACGAUCUACUAGAGCUGUAUAAUAUCGUGACUAUUGAAGGACGCAUCAUGGCAGAGCAUAUUAUCUUUCGAUUAAAACUACCAUUAAUAUCGGUCGAAAGUUUCGAGCUAUUCUAUAUUGUUCCAGUGCCCAUCUCUGCUAAUGGAAUCGUCACAGCAAUCACAACAACGUUACGUUAUCUAAUCGUUAAUUGGGAUCAUGGCCAGUACUAUCCCAUGCCUGACCAGGAGGUGGAGCACGGCCAUCGGACUCAGAAGUUGAACUACGUCUGCAGACAACGGCAUCCCCUAUAUCGGAUAGGAUCGAGAGUGACUGCAUGUGAAAUGAGCUUCAUCAGUCACAUUCCUUCCAAAGAACGAUGCAAAAUGUCCAAAUUAGACAAACCACCACGAUGGAUUCAGUUGCCAAACACCAACCGUUGGAUAUAUUUCUUCGAAGACAAAGAGAUAAACAUAGGCUGCGGCGCAACAGUUACUCAGAUGACUCUAUCAGGAAGCGGUAUCAUUGAACUACGUGAAGGUUGCACCAUAAGAGAAGAAUCACUAACUAUCCAAGCCCAUCAAGUAUUUCCAAGCACUAUUAACAUUUCAUUUACACCAAUUCUGAAUCUUACCGAAUUCGUUUUACCACCACAUAGCAGCGAAUUAAGUAAUGACGAAGGAUAG